CCUCUUCUUCUUUUUGCCACUCACAAGGACAUCAGGGUGGCUAAUAUGUCUCGCAACAAUAAGGUCAACGUUAUCAUCAAGGACUUGUCAGAAGGCGCGUCAUUGGAUUUUUUCUAUGAACGCGGACUGAUUUGCUGGUCUGACAGCGGUCUGGAGAUGAUACAAUGUAUACGCUAUAACGGUACACACAGCGGCGAAAGGAUGACGGUGGUGAACUCCAGUUUGAUAUCGCCCGAUGGUCUUGCUUGCGAUUGGUAUACGGACAAACUGUAUUGGACAGAUGGUGAGAAGAAUCGGAUCGAGGUGACCAGCAUCGAUGGCCGUAAUAGGAAGGUACUCUUCUGGACAGAUAUCUAUCAGCCGCGCGCAAUCGCCCUGGCACCGAUGGAAGGAUAUCUUUUUUGGACCGAUUGGGGCGAUGUACCCAAAAUUGAGCGCGCUUCAAUGGACGGUGAUCAGAGUACGCGUGAAAUCAUCGUGUCUGACGAUAUAUUCUGGCCGAAUGGUUUGACAGUCGACUAUGAAAAUAAGCUCAUAUAUUGGGCGGACGGUAGACUGUGGUUCAUCGCCGUGAUGGAUUAUAACGGCCGUAAUAGACGGAAAUUAGUUACUCGUGAUCUGGACUACCCGUUUGCUAUAACGUUUUUCGACAAUCGGCUCUACUGGACCGACUGGAAGACCUGGUGCAUUCACUCGUACGAUAUGAACCAGUCGCAAUCACACCCACGCGAAUUGUUUCACGGCGAAUACAUACCUGGUGACAUUGAGGUCUGGGAUGCGAGGAGACAACCGGGUGGUGAUAAUCCCUGCAGGCGAAACAACGGCAAUUGUUCCCAUCUGUGCCUUCUGAGCUCAGUGGAGCCUGGUUACAGCUGCGCCUGUCCCACAGGCGUCAAGCUAAUCAACAAAUACACAUGCGCCAAGAGACCGGAGGAGCUGCUGCUGAUCGUCCAACGAACUGAAAUCUGCCGGAUAUCCUUGGAUUCGCCCGAUUACACAAACUUUGUAUUACCGCUCACGGGUAUUAAGCAUGCAAUCGCGAUUGAUUUUGAUCCGGUGGACGAAUUGCUGUACUGGACUGAUGAGCAAACGUACGCCAUCAGGCGAGCCCCUCUCGACGGAUUGAGUCAGCAGAAUGUGAUUUCCACGGAGGUGGCAAAUCCAGAUGGUAUUGCGAUAGAUUGGAUUGCCCGCAAUCUCUAUUGGACCGAUACCGGGACCGAUCGAAUUGAAGUGGCGCGACUAGAUGGGAAAUAUCGGCGUGUGCUGGUGAACGAAGACCUGUUCGAGCCGCGAGCGAUUGCGGUCGCACCCGAGCACGGGUGGAUGUUCUGGACCGAUUGGAGCGAGAAACGGCCAAAAAUCGAGCGCAGCAAUCUCGAUGGUAGCGAGCGCAUGUUACUGAUCACCAAGGACAUUGUGUGGCCGAACGGUAUAGCCUUGGACCUCGAGCGCAAGAAGAUCUACUGGUGCGACGCGAAAACCGACAAGAUCGAGGUGUCCAACAUGGACGGGACCGAUCGGCGCGAGGUCAUUACUGACAAUCUGCCGCAUCUGUUCGGUCUCAGCCUGUUGGGCGAUUAUCUGUACUGGACCGACUGGCAGCGCCGCAGUAUCGAUCGGGCGCACAAACUCACUGGUGGCGAUCGUGAAGUCAUCGUCGACCAGGUACCCAAUGUGAUGGGAAUCAAGGCUAUACAUCUUGGCCGAAUGAACACCAGCAAUUCGCCGUGCGCUCGUGAUAACGGUGGAUGCAGCCAUCUCUGUUUCAACAAGCCCAACAACAGGUACGUCUGCGCCUGCCAGAUGGGCUAUGAGUUGACAAAGGACAAGCGCACUUGUGUCAUACCGGAUGCCUUCCUGCUGUUCUCCAGGAGGGAGAAUCUUGGCCGUAUCAGUAUUGAGAACGUCAACAAUGAUAAUGUUAUACCAGUCACUGGUAUUAAAGACGCUAGUGCUAUAGAUUUUGACUUGUCCGAGAACCGCAUUUAUUGGACGGAUAUUAAACUAAAAGCUAUCUCACGUGUCUUCAUAAAUGGGUCAGACAUCGAAAAAAUAGUCGAUCUCGGCCUAGAAUCGCCGGAAGGUAUUGCAUUCGAUUGGAUUGCACACAAUCUCUAUUGGAGUGAUACCUCUAUGCAUAGAAUAGAGAUGAUAAGAAUAGAAGGGGGUAGCAGAAAAAUACUCGUGUGGCAAAAUCUUAUCGAACCUAAGAAUGUGGCUGUGGAUCCUCAGAAAGGUCAUCUAUACUGGGCCGAAUGGGGCAAUACCGGCAGUAUCGAGAGGGCAUUAUUGGAUGGCACGCAGCGGCAGGUGAUCGUUUUGCACAUCGGCCGGGCGAACGGUCUGACAAUUGACUAUAUCGGGCGCAAAUUGUACUGGGCUGACAUCUCCGUGCCAGCAAUUGAUUAUUAUGAUCUACUAACACAACGGAGGGAUGUCAUCGUUUCGUAUCACAUAGUCUAUCCAUUCAGUGUUACGCAGUAUCGGGACUACAUUUAUUGGGCAGAUUGGAAUACAGGUGACAUCGAGAGGGCGGACAAACUCACUGGAACGAAUCGUACCAAGAUCCAUACUAAUCUGGCGUCAGUGACGGAUCUGAAAGUGUUUCACGCGUCGCGACAGGCCGGCUCGAACCCGUGCGCGAUCGCAAAUGGCAAUUGCAGCCACCUCUGCAUUGCUCUGCCAGAUCCGAUUGGCAGUGCAUCCGUUGCCCACAAAUGCGCUUGUCCCACGCAUUACAAUCUGGCGCGGGACAAUCGAACCUGUCUAGCGCCACAGCAUUUUAUGAUCUACAGUCUGCGCAGUACGAUCGCACGUUAUUUACCUGAUCAGACGGAUGACUGCGCAGACGUGACAUUGCGCGUACAAGGUUUGAAGAAUGUCCGCGCGAUCGAGUUCGAUCCGAUAACGCAGCACGUUUAUUGGAUUGAUGGCCGCGCAACAAUCCGCCGUGCCCUGGAGAACCGGACACAACAGCAGCACAGCGGCACGGUUGUGGUUUCCAUCGGAAACGGGCAUGCAUUUGAUCUUGCGCUGGACCCGCUCGGGAGGCUGCUCUUCUGGACAUGCUCAACAAACGACGCUCUUAACGUCACACGGCUGGACAAUGGCUCGGCUCUCGGCGUUGUGGUGAAAGGUGAUGGCGAGAAGCCGCGUCAUAUAGCGAUCCACUCGCAACAGCGAUUGCUUUUUUGGACGGAUGUGGGCAAGAAGCGGGUGGUACGCAGCAAGAUGGACGGCAAGGAGCGUCAUGUGAUCGCUGGCGAUUUGCUGGAACAGCCCACUGGCUUGACGGUAGAUACCGUAACGUACGUCGUCUACUGGUCGUACGGCAGGCACAUUGAAUGCUCCAACUUCGAGGGCGGCAAUCGCAAGCUUUUGGCCUCCACCACACAGGGUCCGGCCCUGCACUUGGCCGUCCUUUUUGACUAUCUCUACUGGUAUGAUCGCGAUGCGCAGGUGAUUGAACGGGUCAACAAGACGUUUGAUGGGAUUAAUAGGCGAGGCACGCGCAUGACGACAGUUCGCGUGUUCACGGAUCUCAUCGCGAUCAACAUGCCUAAGGAUUCGCUCAUGGAGACACACGUGUGCAGCCCGUUUAAUGACUACGGUGGUUGCUCGCACUUUUGCGUCGGUACGAACACGGUUGCUGAUGAGUCCACUACAACGUCACCCCGUUGCUCGUGCCCGAAGUCGUUGGUUCUGUCCGACGACGGUCGAACUUGUCGCGCGGCGCCUGUGUGUGGAAACGAUCACUUUACAUGUGCUGCGCCGAAUGCGGCCGUGAGCAAGGAUUGUAUACCAGCUACGUGGAAGUGCGACGGCCAAACUGACUGUUCAGAUGGCAGCGAUGAGCUGGGAUGUCCCACGUGCUCCCGCAAUCAAUUUAAAUGUCAGAAUCACUGUAUUGAAUUGUCUUGGGUAUGCGAUGGAACUCAACAGUGUCCAGAUGGCUCGGACGAGGCACAAUGUUGCCAGGCUGGGCAAUUCCAGUGUGUGGGAAAUGGUGUCUGCAUUUCUGGGGCAUCGUUAUGCGAUGGCUGGGAUGACUGUGCCGAUGGCAGUGAUGAGCUACCACCGGCUUGCCUUAGUCCGCACAAUCCGCAUCGUCAGGACGCCGGACCCGGGAUUAACGAAUCCAGCAAGAUGACCUAUAUCAUUAUCAUCUUGGUAGUGUUAUUCGUGAUCGUAGCAGGUGUUCUAAGCUACUACUACUGUCGUAAAAGGUUUACCGGAAACGAAGGUCUGCCUGACAUACUACACGAUUCAGCGGGAGAUCCACUGUCGCCAAAACCCAGUUCAAACAGUCGAAUGGUGAAGCCGAUGUUUGUUUCGCAAAAGAUCAGAAAGGAUGGAGCAGGAAGUGGAGUCUUGGAGGUUGGGAUGGAAGCCGUAAGGAUGUCCAUGUUGAACGGAAGUAGUCUUGGUUCUAGUUACGACCGCAGUCACAUUACAGGUGCGUCAAGUUCUACCAGAGGAAGUUCCGCGGGUGGAUAUCCUCAGGAGACUCUGAAUCCGCCGCCAAGUCCGGCAACAAUCGUCAGUUCGACGCGUUGCUCGAGCAGUAACGCGUCGCGUUACAAGCCGUAUCGGCACUACAGGAGUAUUAAUCAACCACCACCACCGACUCCGUGUAGUACCGACGUCUGUGAUGAAUCGGACAGUAAUUAUCCAGCGCGUUAUCGUUAUGAGAGCGAACCAUUCCCACCGCCGCCCACUCCACGUUCCGUCUAUCAUAGCGACGCGGCGAUCAGUUGCCCACCAUCCCCAAGUUCCAGAUCGUCCACGUAUUUUAGUCCCCUACCGCCACCACCGUCGCCAGUGCCUUGAGAACAAUCCUGAAGUAAAGACGGAUAACGCUCUGGUGCUUCUAUUUUUGCAUUUAUCUUAUCUCAGUAUUCCUCAUAUCGCUGAUACUUAAAUCUUAUACUAAUUAUGGUCGACUAAAUCGACCAUUACACAUAAAAAUUUCAUUGAAAAUUCUCAGACAAAUAGUAAUUGAGAAUUCAACCGUAGUUCUUGCAGAAUGAUAGCAAAAAAUUAUGACAAAAAUAUAUUAGCUUUUAAAGUAAUAUAUCUCUGUCAUAUAGCGAAUUCAAAUGGGUACGCUAGAGUACACACUGGUGUUACAUUAAAGACUGUUGUACACUAGUUUAUAUAGAAGUGUACAAAUGAUAAGCGGUUGAAUUUAGAUGCCCGACAUGAGUUAUUGUUUAGUAUAAUGUAUUAGAGCAUUUUAUUCAUAAAGCGCUUAUUUAUGUUUUACGUCUAUAUAUAUAUUUUUAUAUCUAAAUAGAUUAAUGCAUGUAUAUACUAACUAGACUAUACACACACAUACAAUUUGCUUUAAUCUGCACCAGUGUAUUACUCGAAUUCGCUAUUUACUCGUUAGGAUGAUAACGAACAGUUUUGUUAGAAAUACUGUGAGAUCAGUGUGUAAUCUCAUACAAAGAAUUCGGUCUUUAACCGACUUUUACCCAACAGUAUAUUCUGAUAGAUCAUGGCAUACUUUCUUUGUAAACUUUUUGAAUUUUUGCAAUAUCUUCAAAAUUGAAGAAAAUAUAGUACACGAAAAUGUGCGUGACGUCAUAAUGUUGUUGCGAAAUCUUUUGAAGUUGCCGUCAUCAAAGAAACUUUAGAAAGCUAUAACUUUCUCAAAUUUAGGUUUUUUUUUUAAAUUCAAAAAGUACUAAAAAUCGGCUUAGAUUCUCUACAUUAAUUAUGGAUACCGCUUAAUAAAAAAAUUUUACUUGAGAACCCAAUUAAGGCAAAUUGUGCAGGUAGAACGUGCUAGAGCGAAAUUUCAUCCGAAAAAGCAUUUCUCGUGUCACCUUUCGUUUUGGGUUUUGCAUUUUUCAAUCUUCAACUUGGCAAAAUUCGAUAAUAAUUUGUGAGUUACGAUACAUUAGAUUGAAUUUAUGACUAUCAUAAUUCUCAUUAACCCAUUAACGGUUAUUUUUGGGAUAAAACUUCUAUUACGGAAAGAAAAUGAUUUUAUUAAUAUGACUCCUUUAAACUUUUAAUUUCGGAACGUAAUAGAGUUUUCCAAAGAAAUAAUUUUAUAUUUCAAUAACAUUACAAUAAUAACAUUUUAAUCUAGGACGGUUGAAGACAAUCAUAGUUUAUUUCACUUUAUAUUGUAAUAAUUAUAAUUAUAUCUGUUAUUAUAUAUAUAAUUAUAUCAUUAUAUAUAUAAU